AUGUAUGCAACUCAUCCUCGGCUGGCUCUGAUUGCCACGAUCAUCACUCCCAUCAACAUGAUCUUAGUGAGGCGCACUGGAAAGACCGUGGGCCACUAUGGCGUCGUGCAGAAUCAUGCCAUGGCAAAGGCCAAUGCAGUUGCGGUGGAGGUGUUGGGCAGCAUUCGGACAGUGCAGUCGAAUGUUGGAGAGCAGCAGGAGGCGGUGUUCUUCACAGAGCGGCUGAAUCGGUACCUUAGAAUCAUCAAGGCAACCGUCUAUCUGGAGACCGUUCUGCGCUUUACGCAGUAUGGGCUUUCGAAGAUACGGAACAUUGUUGUCCUAGCCGUGGCAAUGCACCAGGUCAUCACCGGCUCGCUAACCAUAGGCGGCUAUACAGCUUUUUCCCAGUACGUGAAUUUGUACGAGGACGGUUUCAAGAAUCUGGCCGAUAUUUGGAUCAACUUCAAGCAAACCGUCACCUCAACAGGUAAGUUCAUUCAGCUGCUGCUCAGAAGACCUGAGAUACCCUUCGAGGGCGGAAUUCUGCCUGCGGUGUGUCGUGGCAGCCUGGUGCUGGAGGACGUCUCUUUUGCAUACUCCGGCCGUGCGGACCUUCAGGUCUUGACAAGGGUUCGACUUGAAGCCAAUCCUGGGGAUAUCGUUGCCCUAAUCGGUGAAAGCGGUGCGGGUAAGACAACUCUUGGCCGUCUCCUCUUGCGAUACUAUGAUCCAAGCGCCGGAUCGAUCACGUUGGACGGCUUAGACUACAGGAGCUACAACAUCCGCUGGCUCCGUUCGCAGAUCGGCUUCGUAGAGCAAGAGCCCGUUCUCUUCGACAGGAAGUUGAGCGACAACAUCGCCUACGGAAGUGCCAAAGGUGCACCUAAGGAAGAGAUCGAGGCAGCUGCUCGUCGGGCUAACGCUCACAAGUUCAUCACGGACCUGCAAAGCGGAUACGAGACCCAUCCCGGAGAGCGCGCGGCUCGAAUAUCUGGUGGGCAAAAGCAGCGUGUCGCCAUCGCGCGAGCAAUCAUCCGAAAUCCCAAGAUGCUCGUCUUGGAUGAGGCGACCAGUGCCUUGGACAGCGAGAAUGAGCACAUUGUACAGCAAGCUCUCGAUGAGCUGAUGAGAGGCAAGACCAUCUUCAUCAUUGCGCAUCGCUUGUCCACUGUAGUGCGGUCGACGAGAAUUCUCGUCUUGGACAAGGGCCACGUGGUAGAGCAGGGCACACAUGACGAGCUGGUUUCCAAUGAGCAAUCAAGGUAUGCUAGUUUCAUGAAGCAUCAGAUUGUGAGCCCGCUACUUUCGUGA